AUGAGCCUCGUUCCUUCAUCUUCAUCCUCCUCCUCCUCCUCCUCCUCGCUACCCAAACACUACUCUUCUAUGAAAUCACUGCCCUCUUCCUGCGUCUCCCUCCACCUGCCUCUUCUCCGUCGCCGCCGCCUUCUUCGUCGUUCAAAUUCCAAAUCGCACUCCUCCUCCUCCCGCCUCCUCCUCGCCUCUGCCGCCGCUUCCGGCCUCCUCCCCUCGGCCUCAACACCCUCUGGCCCGUCCGCCUCCUCCUCAUCCUCUUCUCCUGCCUCCUCUCCCUCUCCGAGCUCCUUCCGCCUCCCCCGCCCUCGUCCUCUGGCAACGACCGCCUCCCUCUCCUCCCUCUCCUCGCGGAGCCGCCUUCCUCUCGCACCCUCCUCUUUCCUCCUCCGCUCCUCCGUCAGGCCCCCGGCCUCCUCCUCCGCCCCGCGCCGCCGCUUCCGUCUGCCGCCGCGGCGCCGCGCCCUCCCCUUCCUGGCCCUCCACUCGCCGUCCUCUUCUUCUCGCCCUGGGUGUUAG